ACCAAGCCCCAACUCAGCCAUCACACUCCUCCUAACCUUAUCCUCUCCAUCUCUCCACCCCGCUUCUCCACCUCUUCUACCUCUCACCGAAUCUAAAACCAACCCCUCCACACUCCCUUCUCAAUCUCUCUCUCUCUCUCCCCUCUCUGCAACCCUUUUCUUUUUUAUUCUGCACAACCCAAAGCAGGGAGUAGCGAAGAAAAGAUGUCUCUCACCAUACCCACCUCCCUCUCCAAACCCAUCUCAAAACCCAGAUUCAUCUCCCAGAAAACACGCACUCCCAUCCUCUGCUCAGCCUCUCCAACCCCAAACCAACAGCAAUCUUCCUCCUCCACAUCCUCCCUCCAAGCCUUCUCCGCCGCGCUAGCACUCUCCUCCAUUCUCCUGUCGGCUCCGCUCCCCGCAGCUGCCGACAUCUCAGGCCUCACACCAUGCAAGGAAUCAAAGCAAUUCGCCAAGCGCGAGAAGCAGCAGCUCAAGAAGCUCGAGAACGAGCUGAAACGCUACGCUCCCGACUCUGCACCCGCGCUAGCCCUCAAAGCAACCAUGGAAAAGACCAAGCGUAGAUUCGACAAUUACGGAAAGCAGGGGCUGCUCUGCGGAUCCGACGGUCUCCCUCACUUGAUCGUGAGUGGGGACCAGCGCCACUGGGGCGAGUUCAUCAAGCCCGGUAUUUUGUUCCUGUACAUCGCUGGGUGGAUCGGGUGGGUCGGCCGCAGCUACUUGAUUGCGAUCAGGGAUGAGAAAAAGCCGACCCAGAAGGAGAUCAUUAUCGACGUGCCGUUGGCCUCGAGGUUGCUCUUCCGAGGCUUCAGCUGGCCCGUUUCAGCCUACAGAGAGUUCGUCAACGGUGAACUCGUCGUCAAGGAUGUCUGAAUCUAAAGAGGUGCAUUGGGAGAAGGGAAGAUAGGAGGGGAAGAGAAGAGCUUCACAUUUGGUGGUUAUUGAAGAGAGAAAGAAGAGAUGAAUGAAAAAGUCUUGUACUUAUAGUUGUAAUUGUAUUUAUCUGUAUUUUUGUUGAACACAAACUAAAGUUCUUCAUGCUACAUUUUGUGAUUAGUGCUUUAGUUAUCUUGUUUGAUAUCUGUUCCAAACAAUGGAUUUAGCAAAACCAAUCAAGAAGAACAACCUCUGCUGGAUUUGUUUAGAUUUUUUAA